CCUCUCCGUUUUGCUGCUACUGUACUUGCAAAAUAGUGCGCCCUACUGUCUCUAUUGCGCAUGACUGUACGUCGUAAUAUGAAGUAGGCCUCCUGUUUUUCUCCCCAACCCGGAGUCCUCCUGGCCCCCACCACCUCGAUGCAACGUUCAAGUAAGCAAAACACGCAGGCUGCUGUCGAUUAUUUGCGAAGGUGAGGUGUGGCUUACACGUGACGUGAUUUGUCAGUGCCUGGAAGGAUAGGAUCUAAAACUAUUACUUUGCCUUCAAGGAGACAUUCCAGAAAGUUUGGUCAACCACCAUGUCUUUCCUGCGGUCUGGUGCCCUCUCGUGACCCCAAUGACCUCGACACCAGUUUUGACCGUAGAGUCAGCUUUGACCCCAAACCCUUUCUACGACCCCUGAGAAGAGACGUUAACUGACCGCGCACAUAAGCUGCAGUGGGGUGGUCUUCCAAAUGCCUACCUCACGCCUAAAGAGCAAUUCACUCCAGCCACAGCCCUGAUCAGCAGCCACCAUGACAUCAAGCAUAGGGGAUGAUUGUAGCAUCUUUGAUGGGUUGAUGGAAGAAGAUGAAAAGGACAAAGCAAAACGCGUGUCCCGUAACAAGUCCGAGAAGAAACGGAGAGACCAGUUCAAUGUCCUCAUCAAGGAACUCGGCACGAUGUUGCCUGGCAACACCAGGAAGAUGGACAAAUCCACCAUCCUGCAGAAAAGCAUUGACUUCCUGUGUAAACACAAAGAGAUCGCCGCUCAGUCGGAGUCGAGUGAGAUCAGGCAGGACUGGAAGCCUCCAUUUCUUAGCAAUGAAGAGUUCACCCAGCUCAUGCUGGAGGCUCUGGACGGGUUCUUUAUAGCAAUAAUGACGGAUGGCAACAUCCUCUACGUCUCUGAGAGUGUCACCUCACUACUAGAACACCUACCGGCGGACUUGGUGGACCAGAACCUGUUAAACUUCCUGCCAGUUGGGGAACACUCCGAUGUGUACAAGGCUCUGUCCACGCACCCUACCGACCCCGAGAACCUUAGCUCUGAUUACCUGAAGACUAAGAAUCACAUGGAGUUCUGCUGCCAUAUGCUACGAGGGGCCAUUGACCCCAAAGAACCCCCCGUCUAUGAAUAUGUGAAGUUCAUCGGCAACUUCAAGUCACUCAACAACGUUCCCAACGUGACGAGGAAUGGUCUGGCAGGGGUGUUACAGCGGUCGCUACAACCUGCAUUUGACGACCAGGUGUGCUUCGUAGCCACAGUCCGACUGGCCAAACCUCAGUUUAUUAAGGAAAUGUGUACAGUGGAGGAGCCCAAUGAAGAAUUCACCUCCAGGCACAGUUUAGAAUGGAAGUUCCUCUUUUUAGACCACAGAGCUCCACCAAUCAUAGGCUACCUGCCUUUUGAGGUCCUGGGAACAUCGGGGUACGACUAUUACCAUGUGGACGACCUGGAGACACUAGCCAGGUGUCACGAACACUUGAUGCAAUACGGUAAAGGGAAGUCUUGCUACUACCGUUUCCUGACUAAAGGUCAACAGUGGAUCUGGCUGCAGACGCAUUACUACAUCACCUAUCACCAGUGGAACUCUAGGCCUGAGUUUAUUGUCUGCACACACACAGUAGUCAGCUAUGCAGAGGUGAGGGCAGAACAGCGUAGAGAACUGGGUAUUGAAGAGUCUAACCCAGAGGUGGCUGUGGAUAAGAGUCAGGACUCCGGCUCAGAGUCACAGCUGAACACAUCCAGCCUCAAGGAGGCUCUGGAGCGAUUUGACCACAGCCGAACACCCUCAACCUCCUCACGGAGUUCCCGGAAGUCCUCAUCACAUGUCUCUGACAACACUUGCACUUCAACAGCAUCCAAGCUACACAUGGACACGGCCACGCCUCCUCGGCAGUCACUAGCCUCCACCAUGGAGAUGACAUCACAGCGCCGCUCAUCCAUCAGCAGCCAGUCUAUGAGCUCUCAGACCACAGGCCAGAGUGUGACUCCAGGCAUGAUCACACAACAACAACAACAACAACAACAACAACAGCAACAACAGCAACAACAACAACAGCAACAACAGCAGCAGCAGCAACAACCACAGCUACAGACAAACGUACAGCCGGUGAUGGAGUUCUCGGCACAGGUGAAUGCCAUGCAACACCUAAAGGAGCAGCUGGAGCAGAGGACCAGAAUGAUCCAGGCCAACAUCCAGAGGCAGCAGGAGGAACUCAGACACAUCCAAGAGCAGCUGCAGAGAGUCCAGGGACAGGGCAUACAGAUGUUGCUGCAGCAGCAGGGUGGAGCGAUGAACGUACAGCUCCCUCAGGUGGGGUCAGUCCAGCAAACGACUACUUUGACCAGUCAGGUCCAGCAAACGACCAUUAACCCCGUCCAUUCAGGAACUCAGCAGCUCACCAUCCAGCAGCAGGCACCCCCCCCUCAGCAGGCCCUACAGCAGCAGACCAACGCCCUCACACAGCCCCAGCGUCAAUCCCAGCAACCUGCCCAGGCUCAGCCCCAGACCCAGGGCUCUGUAUCUACUCCACUGUACAACACCAUGAUGAUUUCCCAGCCAGGGCAGCCCAAUGUGCUGCAGAUCAGCACCAGCCUGCCACAGAACAACACACCGCAAGGCACAACCGUGGCCACCUUCACACAGGACCGACAAAUCCGUUUCCCAGCAGGGCAGCAGCUGGUGACCAAGCUGGUGACAGCUCCAAUGGCAUGUGGCGCAGUCAUGGUGCCCACCUCCAUGUUCAUGGGACAGGUGGUCACCGCAUACAACCCCUUUGGUGGGCAACAGCAGGGAGGGCAGACCCAAACCUUGACUCUGCAACCAGCCCAACCACCUCAAGCGCAGCCAGAUGGCCAAAACCAGACAGCUGUAGUGGCUCAGAGCGGCCAGCAGGGGCAGCAACAACAACAGCAAUUUCUACAGGGCACUCGUCUUCUUCAUAGUAACCAGUCUACUCAGCUGAUUCUGCAGGCAGCUUUCCCACUCCAACAACAGGGCACAUUCACCCAGGCAACACACCAACAGCAAACACAGCAACAACAACAACAGCAGCAGCAGCAGCAGCAGCAGCAGCAGCAGCAGCAGCAGCAGCAAAGGCAACAGCAGCAGCAACAACAACAGCAGCAGCAGCAAUCUCACCACCAGAGGCACCAGCAGCAGCUGAAACCACAGCCCCAGAAACAACAGAAAGCCCCAACAUCGCACAGGACUGACAGUGUCAGCAGCCAACCACAGUAAAGUAUGGAGGAAAACAUGUUAUGCUAGAAAACCUGGGGGAACUGAAACUCGUAAGGAAUUGUGGCAUACAUUUGUUUUGGUUGUGUGGCUGCCACAAACUUCCUUUCCCCCAAAAUGCCCUCCUUUCCUCCAGCUGAAAGAAAUUAAUCAUAGGAAAGAGGAAAGAGUCCACAAGGAACUCACUGAGGAUUGUCACCAUGGCAACAGGAUGGAUUAAAAUCCCCUUUUCCCUCACCAGAGGCGGAGUUGUGAGGGAUCUCCAGUCUCCGUGGAAAGCCCACAAAAAUCCAGAGAACACCUUAUCGCCACGGUAACGACUGACUCUUUUUGAAGGUGUGUCAAAGUGGACUGACCGUGUACAGAUUUACUGUAUGAUAAAAAAACAAACUUGUAAAUAUCCAGUAUAGCCUAACAGGAAACAGAAAUGUAGUAUUUUAUAUGAUUGCAUGGAAAAAAUAACUGUGUAAGCUUUUAUUAGCCGCUUUUGAAAAAUGAAUUUUUACUUUGUUCAAGUGUUUUCUGGUCAAAGAUGGAGCGGUGACGUGCUCUCUAAGACCCCCCUCUCCCUCCCCCACUUGUCUCUUUUAGAAAAAAAGUCCAGAAUGAGUCUUUAAAGUUCUGUCAGUUUGUUUAAAAAAUGGUUGGGCUUGGGUUUUUUUUUUUUGUGGAAGUUGUGUUUUUAAACACUGUGUCUCUGAGACAAUAACGCUCUUUUUAACUUUGUAAUCACAAAUUAUGUUUGGCAAGAAACUAGAUUACAGUUGAACUGAAUUAUUUGCAGGAUGAUCACUGUACGUAUAACGGGUUUAGUGAUUCCAAGUGCCAAUAACAUAGUCAAUUUUUUUUUGAGCAAACUAUUCAAAGGCGUAUAUAUUUUUCAACAAAAUAUUACCCCUAAUAAAGUUCAUGCGUGUGUAUAUAGUAGGGAUUAUUUUUUAACAGUCAGAGAGCCCUAUACGUAACAAACAGUAUAUCCUCAACCUCCUGAAACUUUAGCACUUGAUGUGGUUGUGUACAGUAAAUCACUGUCGAGACCUAGUUGUUUGUAAUCUGUGGUGUGAUUCUGUGAGUUAAUGUGUGUUUUUGGGGAUACAAUCUUUGUGUGUGCGCAUGAGUGGGCAUGAGAGUCUCUGUGAUUGUGUAUGUUUGUCGCCCCUUGUGUCUUACAAUAAUUGACUUAGUAAGGGUUUGAAGUUGCUGGAUGGUACUUGUAUUCUCAGGAAUGUGGAAAGUUUUGCUUCUGCCUCAGUCUGGAACCAGACCAUGAAGGAUUAGACAGUGAUGCUGCAAAGACCAGAGGAAGAAUAGUCAUAAAGGGUGUGGUGACUGAAUCAAAUCUGACCCAGAUUUCUAAGAGCCUUCCUCAUUUCCUUAUCAAAGGAAAAAACAGAGGUUGACUACUCCAUAGGAAUAAAGAUGUAGAUGGAGGAGGGUGUUGUUGAGAUAAAGUAGUGCAGAAAUAUAUAGAAUCCCCUCUCAGCUUUCACUCAGAUAGAAAUCUACUGACUUCAUUGUAACAUCAAAUCCGUCUCAUGGUCUUCUGUAUCAUCAGUGUUUCAUCCUUGUUUCUCUUCCUAGGCCUCAGAAACCCUCAUGCAGUUCAGUUCACUUGUCUCUCAGUUCUAAAACAGCAGUUAAAACCAGGACUGGGCCUAGGUCCAUUUUAAAUUUUGAUGGAAAUGGGCUCAGCUCCUGUACUACAGUUGUAAGCCAUAUCGAACAGAAAAGCCUUGGAUUGGAGGAAGUUUAAUGGUUGGCAAAGGAGCAUUUUGAAUGUGUUGUUUUGUCUCUGAGUGUAGUAAAGAGUGUUUGUGUGUGUGUGUG